CAGUCGUCGUGCGGUGCUCGAGGCCCUCCCUGGUGUGCGGCCGCGGCGAGGAGGGGACGCGCGUGACCCGUUGUUCCCCACCCCAGCACACACAUACACAGGUGCGGCCUCGCGCGCAGGAGGAGGGGGCGGGGCUUCUAUCUCUCCUGUCUCCGGGAUACCAGCGGACCGGAAACGGGCUGUAGGAGAGGCCCGGCGGUGACCGGAAGCACCGGAGCAGAGUAUCACCGGGAUCCACGGCGCUGAGGGGGCCUCAUUACCUACAGUGCUCCUGGACUGGAGCCUCCCAAGCAGCUGUACCGCGUCCUAGAGGGUCUGGAGGCUCCCUAUACACCUGUACUGAGUCCUAGAGGUUCUGGAGGAUCAAUAUAUGUCUGUACUGAGUCCUAGAGGUUCUGGAGGCUCCCCAUAAUCCUAUACUGAGUUCUAGAGGAUCUGGAGGCUCCCCAUAUACAUAUAUUGAGUCCUAGAGGGACUGUCGCAGGAACUGGAGGCUCCUCAUAUACCUAUACUGAGUCCUAGAGGUUCUGGAGGAUCAAUAUAUAUCUGUACUGAGUCCUAGAGGUUCUGGAGGCUCCCCAUAUACCUAUACUGAGUCCUAGAGGGACUGUUGCAGGGACUGUGGGCUUCUCGUGUACCGAUACUAAGUCCUAGAGGGGCUGGAGGCUUACCAUAUACCUAUAUUGAGUCCUAGAGGAACUGGAGGCUCCUCAUAUAUCUAUACUGUCCUAGAGGGACUGGAGGCUCCCACCAUCCAUCUAUAUUGUGUCCUAGAGGGACUGCCUGCUUCCAUACAUCUACACUGAGUCCUAGAGGGAAUGUAGCCUCCCAAACAUCUGUACUAGUCCUAGAGGAACCGUCAGGAUCUGGACUCGCCCAGGUAUCAAUACAGAGUCCUUGAGGGACUGUCACAGGGACUGGAGACCCCCAUCUGUCUGCAUCAAGUCCUGGGGGGACUGUUACAAGGAUUGGGCACCUCCAGCUGAUUGCAUGGAAGACUAGAGGGACUAUCAUAGGGACUGGAGGCUUCUCGGGUGCCUCUGCUGCUUCCAGGAGUGUCUGUCACAGGGACUGGAGCCCUCCCUGACCGCCCCAGCUGCCUGCAUUAAUAACCUGACCCUAGUCCCUACAUAACCGCCUAUUCUGCAUUGUAUCCAGGAGGGAUUGUCAUGGACUGGAAGAGCGCCAGCUCUCUGCACUGAUUCCUAGAAAGAGGAGUGCAGGGAUCCGGGACCCCCAGCUGUGCUGGUUUCAGGCAGCGUGAAGGAUAUACAGAUCUUCAGUGUGGCCGCACACACUCACAACACACACCGACUCGGCCUGUGUGGUCUGGUUGUGUAGCUGCAUCUCCUGCGUGGGAGUUGUGUAGUGUGUUGCUGUUGCAGGUCUGUGUCACUCCAGCUUGCGGGUGUGUCUGACAGUGUGUGGGUGUUGUGUGUGUGAAUGCUGCAGCCUGCCUGUGUGUGUUGUGUACGUUGCCAGCGUUGUUGGGCUGUGUUGUUGUUUGCAGUGCCAGUGUGGGUGUCACAGGUUGUGUGUGUGGGUUUUAGUGUCUGCAGCAGCUUGUGACUCACUGCAGUGUGUGUGUAUGUGUGAGUGCUGUACCAUCACUGCUGUGUUGUUGCAACGGGUCCGACAUUUUCAUGGAGCUGCAAUGUGUGUGUUUGUGUAUCUAGCACACCAGUAAUGUGAGCGUCUUUCCCGGGUGCAUGUAAAUCGGACAUUGUGUGCUGUCUGGUUUGCACAUCAUUGUGUGCAUGUGUGGCCUAUUGUUGUGGCCAGUCCAUGUGACCUCCUGAGCGGCGUGUGUUGUGACUGCACAGCUUGGCGCCACCCACCGCGCACAGACUGCAGUCAUGGCCUCCGACCCCCCAGCCCGGAGCCUGGAUGACAUCGACCUCUCUGCAUUGCGGGACCCCGCUGGCAUCUUUGAGCUUGUUGAAGUGGUUGGAAAUGGGACAUAUGGGCAGGUGUAUAAGGGUCGUCAUGUCAAGACGGGGCAGCUCGCCGCGAUUAAAGUCAUGGACGUGACUGAGGACGAAGAGGAGGAGAUUAAGCAGGAAAUUAACAUGCUGAAGAAGUAUUCCCACCAUCGGAACAUCGCAACCUACUAUGGAGCCUUCAUCAAGAAGAGUCCUCCGGGGAACGAUGACCAGCUAUGGUUGGUUAUGGAGUUUUGCGGUGCUGGAUCAGUCACGGACCUGGUGAAGAACACCAAGGGGAACGCUCUGAAGGAGGACUGCAUCGCCUACAUCUGCCGCGAGAUCCUACGGGGGCUGUCCCACCUCCAUGCUCACAAAGUCAUCCAUCGAGAUAUCAAAGGUCAGAAUGUCCUCCUGACGGAGAACGCGGAGGUUAAACUGGUGGAUUUCGGGGUGAGUGCCCAACUGGAUCGCACAGUGGGCAGAAGAAAUACUUUCAUUGGAACACCCUACUGGAUGGCCCCGGAGGUCAUUGCCUGUGAUGAGAACCCAGACGCUACUUACGAUUACAGGAGUGACAUUUGGUCGCUGGGAAUCACCGCUAUAGAGAUGGCAGAAGGAGCGCCACCCCUCUGCGAUAUGCAUCCUAUGAGAGCCCUCUUCCUCAUCCCCAGAAAUCCUCCUCCCAAACUGAAAUCCAAGAAGUGGUCCAAGAAAUUUAUUGACUUUAUUGACACCUGUCUAAUCAAGAACUAUAUGAGCCGUCCACCCACCGAGCAGCUCCUGAAAUACCCUUUUAUCAGGGACCAGCCCACGGAGAGGCAGGUCAGGAUCCAGCUGAAAGACCACAUUGACCGCUCCAGGAAAAAGCGCGGGGAGAAAGAUGAGACGGAGUACGAGUACAGCGGCAGUGAGGACGAGGAGGAGAAUCACGGGGAGGAAGGAGAACCAAGCUCCAUCAUGAACGUACCGGGGGAGUCCACACUUAGACGCGAGUUCCUGCGGCUGCAGCAGGAGAACAAGAGUAAUUCCGAAGCCUUGAAGCAGCAGCAGAUGGGCCCUCAGCACAGAGACUCGGAGGCACAUAUCAAACAGCUGCUGCACGAGCGGCAGAGGCGCAUCGAGGAACAGAAGGAGGAGCGGAGGCGUGUGGAGGAACAACAGCACCGGGAGAGAGAGCAGAGGAAGCAGCAGGAGAAGGAACAGCAGAGGAGGCGCGAUGACAUCCGCCGGGAGGAGGAGAGGCGCAUGGCGGAGAGGGAGCAGGAGUAUAUCAGGCACAAGUUAGAGGAAGAACAGAGACAGUUAGAGAUUCUACAGCAGCAGCUUCUGCAGGAACAGGCCCUGUUACUGGAGUACAAGCGCAAACAGCUGGAGGAGCAGCGCCAGUCGGAGCGUCUGCAGCGGCAACUGCAGCAGGAGCACGCCUACCUGAAGUCCCUGCAGCAGCAGCAACACCAGCAGCAGGAGAAGAAGCCCCUCUAUCACUAUAACCGGGCCGUCAUGAACCCCAGCGAGAAGCCCGCCUGGGCUAGAGAGGUGGAGGAACGCUCGCGGCUGAACAAGCAGAGCUCUCCGCUCUCCAUCACCAAGCUGGGAUCCGUGGAGUGUGCCGGGACCCCUACACAAACCCCUCCCUCACAGCGGCCGCUAGACAUCCAGGAACACAAGCCGUUCCGCGCCACCCCACAAAACCGCAUGGCCCUGAAACCCAACCCACGGCCCAAUUCCCUGCAAGACCCGCCAGCAGCUCACGUCACCAGCCGCCAGCCCGCUAUGAUCCCUCCGGCCUCACGCGGCCAGCUCGCCCGUCAGAGCUCAGACCCCUCCCCUGAUGCGGUUGUACCCUCAGCCCAGCCAGACAGGGGACCCUGGGUGAAAUUGGAGCCGGAGGUCCCUCCUCCCAAGGUUCCUCAGCGAACAACGUCCAUAGCAACAGCCCUGAACACAAGUGGGUCCGGAGGAACCAGGCAGGUCCAGGCUGUGAGAGCCAGUAACCCAGACCUGCGCCGGGCCGAGAGCGGCUGGGAAAGAGGAGAUUCCCUGCUACAGUCCCCUCACCCAAACCUUCCUCAGGCGGGAUCUCUGGAGAGGAACCGCAUAGCCCCCCAUAAGCUGGAGGAGUCUUCAAUCAGUCCCCCCGGCAGCAAGACCCCAGGAGAUGAGCAUCGGUCCCGGCCGGGACGCCCAGCUAGUUAUAAGAGAGCAAUAGGAGAGGACCAUUUAUUAGUGAAAGACCGUCCUGAAGAUGUUCCAAAACCUCCCAAAAAAGCGCUUGAUUACUCCUCUUCCUCCAGUGAUGAGAUGGACAGCAGUGAUGAAGAUGAGGAAGAGGGGGACCCAGAACGACAGGAGCAGAGCAGAGACAGCUCCUCAGCCAGCCGGAAUGGCCGAGAUGCCGACACAGACAGCGUGAGCACCAUGGUGGUGCAUGAUGUGGAGGAGCUGGUGGGGAGCACCUCGGACAGUUCAUACGGUGACGGCACCAUGAUAGUGCAGCGGACGCCAGAGGAGGAACGGAACCUUCUGCAUGCUGACAGCAAUGGAUACACCAACCUUCCCGAUGUGGUGCAGCCCAGCCAUUCCCCCACCGAGCCAAAGGGACCAGGCUCCUCCCCCAACAAGGACGGCAGUGGAACAGACUACCAAUCCCGUGGCCUGGUAAAGGCUCCUCCGAAGACCUCAUUUACUAUGUUUGUAGACCUGGGCUUGUACCAGUCAUCAGGAGGCAGCGGUGACACCAUCCCUGUGGCAGCGUCAUUUGUGAGCGGAGACGCCGCCAGGUUGGAGCAGCUUAAAUACGAGGCUCGUAAAGGAUCAGUAGUAAACGUGAAUCCGACUAACACGAGACCACACAGCGACACUCCGGAGAUCAGGAAAUACAAGAAGAGAUUCAAUUCUGAGAUCCUAUGCGCCGCGCUUUGGGGCGUAAACCUCCUGGUUGGCACGGAGAAUGGGCUGAUGCUGUUGGACCGCAGCGGCCAGGGCAAGGUCUAUAGCCUGAUCACUCGCCGGCGGUUCCAGCAGAUGGAUGUCCUAGAAGGACUCAACCUCCUCAUUACCAUCAGUGGUAAGAGGAACAAGCUGCGGGUCUACUAUCUCUCAUGGCUCAGGAACAAGAUCCUCCACAAUGACCCGGAGGUGGAGAAGAAGCAGGGCUGGAGCACGGUAGGGGACAUGGAUGGAUGUGUACAUUAUAGAGUAGUCAAAUAUGAACGUAUCAAGUUCCUUGUGAUUGCGCUGAAGAACUCUGUAGAGGUUUAUGCUUGGGCCCCGAAACCUUACCACAAGUUCAUGGCUUUUAAGUCCUUCACAGACCUCCCCCACCGACCGCAGCUGGUGGACCUCACAGUGGAGGAGGGUCAGAGGUUAAAGGUCAUCUACGGUUCUUCAUCCGGAUUCCACGCCGUAGACGUGGACUCGGGGAAUAACUAUGACAUCUACAUCCCUGUACAUAUUCAGUGUCAGAUUAACCCUCACGCCAUAAUAUUCCUGCCAAACACGGAUGGGAUGGAGAUGCUACUGUGCUAUGAGGAUGAGGGCGUUUACGUCAACACUUACGGGAGAAUAAUUAAGGACGUGGUGCUGCAGUGGGGAGAGAUGCCGACCUCUGUGGCGUACAUCUGCUCCAAUCAGAUCAUGGGUUGGGGAGAGAAGGCCAUUGAGAUCCGCUCAGUGGAGACCGGCCACCUCGAUGGGGUCUUCAUGCACAAGAGGGCUCAGCGACUAAAAUUCCUGUGCGAACGCAACGAUAAGGUUUUCUUCGCCUCCGUUCGUUCCGGCGGGAGUAGCCAGGUCUAUUUCAUGACCCUAAAUCGCAGCUGCAUCAUGAACUGGUGAAAAGAGAGAAAGUUUGAGGAAUAAAAAGAUUCUGAGAGACUGCUACCGACCUCCCCCAGACACUGGAGACCCCUUCCCCCAACACGCUAUCUCCCUACACACUCCCCUUCCCCCCGGCACUUACUGCAGCACCUUGCUUGCUUCUUUUAUCCGAGUUUUUUUAAUUUAUUUGAGUGUGUAACUUUAAUCCUAUGAGAACAACGGACAGUUACCCAUCACCGAACCCUCUAGGUUUGGGGGAGAAGAAGCAAAAAGUGGGGGGGAGGAUACAGUUUAAAAACAAAAAAAAAACAAAAUGGUUUCCGGCCUUUUCUUUGGCAUGUUCAACUUGGCUAGUGUUCUGAUGACGCAUCCCAGCUGGAUAUCACGGGAAUCAACCCCAAGCUUCUAGAGUGUUCUGUUUAACGGCGGUUGGGGUAUGGGAUGGGGUUUUUUGUGAGAUAUUUUUGGGGUUUGAUUUAUUUGAAACUGUAUAAUUUUCAAUAUUUUUUUUUUAAAAGAGUGUGAGCAAAUGAUGGCUCAGUGGGCGCACGUCCUGAUAGGAGAUUAGACGGAUCGUCCCCAAAAAGGGCAUUCAUGAAAUUAAAUGGAGUCAGUGACUCCCCCCCCCUUCCGUGAUGUGAUACAGCACUACCAUCGCAGGUGGUCUCUUAUGCACUCAGCUGCUCGUUAAAGACACUUUAUUAGAGAGAUACACUAUUAACCCAAAGUCCUCACUGCCUCACAAGGUCUUCAAAUCCGUUACAGGCCCUCCUACUAUGUUUACGCCGCUGUAGUUAUUUAGUUUAGUUUGUAGCUUUAAUGCCGUAUUUAGUUGCCAAUAUCUAGUGAUUUUCCAAACUCCAAACCAAUAUCUGUAUGUCACCGUUUAUCCCUUUUUAAGACACUAAAUUCCCCCCUCCUUCAGCACAGUGUAUAUGGAGCUACUCCCGUUCUGGAGUGGAACCUUCUGGGGCACUUUCCCGUGGUGCUAAGUGCAGGUGCCUUCUGGGGGUUUCUGUAGCAGGUGCCUAGAAAGGACCACCCUGUAGGGUGGCGCAGGCAUACGGAGAGGUUAUUAUGGGGUAUUUGCACUUGACGGCAGACCUUUUCUGAGGCGGUGGCAGUAGUUGUGCAGAUGGCGGCGGAUGUCCGUAUCCGCAUAGAUCGCUGAGGAGGGCGUCAUCGUCAUUGGCUAGCUGUGCUUUAGGCCAGGGUUCACAAACUGAUCAGAGGUGCCUCAUACUGAGGAGAUUAUCACGGUGUGCACCACCAACGUAACAGGUGCACCACCAACGUAACAGUGGCUGUACCAAAAACAAAAAUUUAUAUUGAAAUGUUUAAAUACUCGUCAUACUGCCCUGAAUCUUAUUUUCCUUGUGUGUGAACUUGGUUGACCCCAGAGUCCUCCCCCGGAAUGAGACAAUCGAGGUCUUCAUAGAAGCGGGAUCGAAUUUGCUAUUUUUGUAACUUGACAGAUGAUUAUAAGAAGGUGAUGACAUAUUUUAUGUAGCAAAUUGUAUAAAGGUUGAAUUUAAAAAAGAAAAAAAAUUGAUGAAAUUGGUGAUAUGUUAUUGCUCUUAAAUAAAGUUAUGUCUGCUAAUAUCA